UUACGUGUGGAGAGCCGCAACAUGACUUUCCCCAUUCAUGACACGUGCAGGUUGGCCUUCCUUUUUUGACCUUCUGAAAGAGGAGUCCAUCGAUGUGUCAGAUGAUUUCUCCUACGGGAUGCACAGAGUGGAGACCACCUGUGGCCAGUGCGGAGCCCAUCUUGGACACCUGUUUGAUGACGGUCCAAAGCCCAGUGGAAAACGUUACUGCAUCAACUCGGCCUCGCUGUCUUUCCAACCCAAAGAUGCGGAUGGGGCCUCUGGCUCCGCCUCCACAGGGGCCACCACAGAGUCCUCGAUAUCCGAGGAAAGGACGGAACUAUAAGAACCCAGCAAAGCUCCUAUCUAGUGUGUGUUUGAGUCAACGGUUGCAUCAACUUAUUAUACUUAAAUCAAUUCACAAUUUUGAGCUAUAUUGGUAAAAGCAAGGCACACAAAAUCUUUUCACAUUCAUAUAAGACUGACCAAAACUAUGACACUCAUAUUCACCAAUAGGAAAUGUACUCACAGAU